AUGGUCGUACGUGUGCCUGUCAACAUGAGGAUAGUGGUUACAUCGAGCAAUAGGUUCGACUGUAUUCUGCUGUACAAUGGCGACGUAUCUCUCAACAACAUACUCGUUUCUCAGUCGGGCGAUCACGUCGGAAUUGUAGACUGGGAAUGCACUGUUGUAGUCCCAUUCUGGUGCUCGUGUCAGAUGCCACAGUUUCUCGACGGCCACGUUCUCGUUCCCCGAGGGUUCCAACCGCCUAACAUCCAAGCGUACUCUUCCAUGAAAUUUUAUGAAGAGAAGCUCCAGGCAUACGAGCUGACCCGUCUUCGCUACCUCUUUAUUGAGGAGAUGGGAAGGCAAUGUCCUGAAUGGACUCCACUGUGGCUUACUAAGAUCGUUCAGGCCUCCUAUACGUAG